GCGGCGGGCCUCGGGACGGUUCGCGGCCCGGCCCCGCGCCGGGGAGCGAUGGCGGCAGUGGCUGCGGCAGCAGGCUGCCUCCUGGAGCGGGGCCGUCGGAGACUGCAUGGAGACCCCGCAGAGAAGACUUCCUCCAGGUGAGCGGGGGUCGGUGGCCGCCGGCUCCCGGUGACUUGGAGCUUUCCCUGCGGCGACCGCACGCGCCGAGAUGGGGAAUCCAGGUCUGCCGCUGCCCGCAGAGUGAGCGGCAGGCAACGGACUGAGGGCUGCCCCGCAAAAGAUGGACCCCUGUGAAGAUCUGGAAAGGUCCAGCCAUAAGUCUCUGGACUCCAGGGAGACCGGGCCUCCGGAACUUGAAGGACCACGGGCCUGCGACCCUGAGGCCCUGGGGAAAGGACACGAGGAGAUGUGGAGCCAGAAGUACCACCUGCAGAGCCCACGCGCGGAGAGCAGCAACAGUGAAUGGCAAAAUCGAAACAGAGUUUCCGAAGAGCUUAUGAUGGUUGUCCAAGAAAUGAAAAAAUAUUUCCCAUCAGAGAGACCCAAUAAGCCGAGCACUCUAGAUGCCCUCAACUAUGCCCUUCGUUGUGUACACAGUUUCUUAGCAAACAGUGAGUUUUUCCAGAUUCUCCGUCCAGAUGGAGCACCUCGAGCAAAUGUGACCACGUACAGUCUUGAGGAACUGAGCACGGUUGCUUCAGAACACGCUUCCGAAAACACAGAUACCUUUGUGGCAGUGUUUUCAUUUCUGUCUGGAAGGUUAGUGCACGUUUCUGAACAGGCCGCUUCGAUCCUGAACUGUAAGAAGGAUUUCUUGGAGUCCUCGCACUUUGUUGAACUGCUCGCCCCUCAAGAUGUGAGGGUGUUCUGUGCACACACUGUCCACGCUCAGCUUCCCUUCUGGAACAGCUGGACCCAAAGAGCAGCAUCUCAGUACGAAUUCGCUCUGGUGAAAUCCUUUUUCUGCAGGAUCCGUGGAGGCGAAGUCAGAGAGCAAGAGAAGCGUUACUACCCAUUCCGGAUUAUUCCCUAUUUGAUGCGCAUACAUGUCUCUACCCAGAGGGAACCUGAGUCGUGCUGUCUCACCCUGGUGGAGAAAGUUCGCUCUGGUUAUGAAGCUCCUCGAAUCCCGAUGGAUAAAAGAAUUUUUACCACAACACACACCCCAGGGUGUGUUUUUCUUGAAAUAGACGAAAGAGCGGUGUCUCUGCCGGGUUACCUACCUCAGGAUCUGCUGGGGACAUCCAUCUUGGCGUACAUGCACCCCGAAGACCGUUCUCUCAUGGUUGCCAUACACCAAAAAGUCUUGAAGUAUGCAGGCCACCCUCCCUUUGAACACUCACCCAUUCGAUUCCGUACCCAAAAUGGAGAUUACGUCAUAUUGGACUCCAGCUGGUCCAGCUUCGUGAACCCGUGGAGCCAGAAGGUUUCUUUCAUCAUCGGUCGGCAUAAAGUUCGAACGAGUCCGCUGAAUGAGGAUGUUUUCGCGACCCAAAUAAAAAAGACGAACCAUAAUGACAAAGAUGUAACAGAAUUGCAAGAACAAAUUCACAAACUUCUCUUACAGCCGGUUCACAAGAGCGCCUCCGACAGCUGUGGGAGCCCGGGGGGCAGCACCUCGCAGGAACAGCGCGUCAGAGGCGCGUCGUCUGGUGAGGCCGGCGGACCCCGCGCCGCGCACGCGCACCGGGAGCCGCUGACUUUGCAGCAGGUCUCCGCCAGUCUAAACAAAAUUAAGAAUCUCGGUCAGCAGCUUUACAUUGAGUCAACGGCCAAGUCACCAGAUAAGCAAGUGACGGCGAUGCGCACAGGACGGCUUGGCGGCGGGGAGUGUAUUAAGGUCUCUUCUGCCUUCCAGACGUUGAAAGACGAUAGCAUGCAUGUGGAGUCUAGUGAAGAUUGGAGAAAAGACCAGCAUAGCCCAUCUUAUCAGCAAAUAAACUGCAUUGACAGUGUUAUCAGAUACCUGAGGAGCUGCGACGUUCCGGCUUUGAAAAGGAAGAGCGCGUCCUCUUCAUCCUCGUUAGACAGACAGGACCACAAGGCAAGUGAUGCCCAGACCUUGCACGGUAACGCGAGUGCCCUCCUGGCCAGCCAGAGGAUGGCUGCGCCUCAGACCCCAGCCACAGCUCACUUGAAGAUGUCUACUGCCAGGCGGUCCGCAGACGCUGCAGGACGUGCCCCCCGGAGCCUGUCCCCGGCGGCGCUGAGCCUGGGCUCUGGCACGAGCCAGUGUAGCUACGGCAGCACCGUUGUCCACGCCCCGCCGCCAGAGUCAGCGACUCUGGCAGAGGAUGCUGUCCCAGCGUGUGAGCCCUGGACCCCGUGCUCACACCCAGGUCCGCGGACCUCAGAAGAAUUUCAACAUGUAGGGCUCACAAAAGCCAUGCUGUCAGCCCACGCACAGAACGAGGAACAGAAUUAUGUUGAUAAAUUCCGAGAAAAGAUCCUGUCAUCGCCCUACAGAGCCUGUCUUCCGCAAGAAAGCAGAAGCAAAGCUAAACAUUUGUACGUUCAAGGUAGCUCCGCUUCCAAGCAGAGCAGCGCGGCCGGCGGCAAGAAGGGGAAGCACAAGGGGAAGAAGCUGCCACAGCUGCCGGGCAGCAGUGGCACUAAGGACGCCUUCUGUCCCCACUUGCGAGGGGACGAGGGGACGUCCAGGACACACAGCCCUGGGGCCCCUCCCCCGCCUCCUCUCCGUGGGCCUCCGUCUUUUCCUGCCCCCCCUCCUCUCUACUUAGAUACUUUGAUGACCAUUUUCCUGCACGAACCCCCUGUCUGUCCCCUUUUGUCACCAUCCUUCCCCCCAUAUCCGUUCUUGGGAGCACCAGACUCUUCCGAAAUUCCACCCUCAGCAUCGGCAGUGGCUGCCAGGCUGGAACCCCUGUGGUCGGUCCUCAGCCGAAGGCGAGCUGAGUGGAAAUGGGAGACGCCGCGUGAAGAGCACGCACUCACUACCUCGAGGAGCAGCUCACCACUGUGGCUCAACUUACUGCAGGAAGACACGCUCAGAUCCCGCGAAUCUUCAGAUCAGAUGAGAAGGGGUAUUUGCCCAGAAGCCGAGGAUCGUGUUGUAGGCAACAGCGGGAAUAAGAACAGUUACACGGCAUUACUUCACGAGGAGUCUCCUUCCAAAACAGGUUCUGCAGCAUCGGGAAGCAGUGACCACAGCAUAUACUCCACUAGUGGUGAUUAUUCUUCUGAAAUCACCUCAGAGGGACAGCAGUCUCAGGAUGUACAGAAGAAAGAAACAUUUCCCGGUUUUGCUGAAGAGUCCAUGUGGAGAAUGAUAAAACAGACACCUGAGUGCAUUCUAAUGACAUAUCAGGUACCUGAGAGGGUGAAAGAGACCGUGCUGAAAGGGGACCUGGAGAGGCUGGUGGGCAUGCGGCCGCAGCAACCCCAGUUUUCACGCACGCAGAGGGAGGAGCUGGCCAAGGUGCAUUCUUGGAUUCAGAGUCAGGCUGUCCCUCGAGAUAGACAUCCAGGGCUGUGUCACCUGCGAAAGCAAAGAUUCCCUUGGUGA